UCAUCGCCUUCCGCCGCCGUCUUCCGCCGAGAGAAGCCCUCACAGAGCAACUGAGCUCGCCUGUUCAGUUCACUCGUACCGCUGGUUAGGUCAAAGGCGCUGUUGAGCUAUUGUUGUGCGAUCAAAGUUCUCAUUCAAAUUCGAUAAAUGGCUGCUUCUAAUUCUUCGAAAUUGUUUCGUGUCGGUCUGUCAAUUCUGGGUGGUCUGAGCAACAAUGCUCUUGGGGCGAGCAGGCCGUCUUCCCAAUUGGCAGAUAUGGAUUUCCUAUCUCAACAAACAAGGACAUUCAUACAGAUGAGGACUAACCUUAAAGUGGUGGACAAUUCCGGGGCUAAAAGAGUGAUGUGCAUACAAGCACUGAAGGGCAAGAAAGGAGCUAGACUGGGGGACGUAAUAGUAGCAUCGGUCAAGGAAGCACAUGUUGGUGGGAAAGUGAAAAAAGGAGACGUUCACUACGCUGUUGUAGUUCGUGCUGCAAUGCCACGGGGCCGCUGUGAUGGGAGCGAAGUCAAGUUUGACGACAAUGCUGUCGUACUCAUCAACAAGCAAGGCGAGCCAAUCGGCACCAGAGUGUUCGGCCCCGUUCCUCACGAGUUGAGGAAAAAGAAGCAUCUCAAGAUUCUCAGUCUUGCUGAGCAAAUUGCCUAAAGUGUUAUCACAUACUAAAAUCUAUCAUUGCUAUAUGUAAGAACUCAGAGACUGAUUUAGGUAUCACAGACUUCUUCCUGUUCUGUCGAUGAAGUAUAUCCAGAAAAGGGUGAUAUAAAUUCUAAUGAGUUCCUGUUU